GUAGAAGACAAGCGACGUCAGCAUCAAAAUCUGAUGGUGGAAAAAUAAGCUGCUAAAACUAUCAAGAAGACACAUAUUUUUGUUAAUUGUUUGGUUUUUGUUAUUGCUGCCUCAAUUUUAAAUCAUGGAGUUUACCGAACUGGUGUCUCCACACGUAGCAAUGCCUGUUAUAGGCGUUGUAGUUUGUGCGAUAAUGGUUUUUGCAUUUGGAUUUCGAACACCCGUUCAGCCUCCAAGUUUCAGUUUUGAAGAGGACAGUGAAAAGCGAAAUAAAAAGCGAACAAAACCAACAAAAGUAUGCAUUUUUUGUACUUAAAAUUAUGUGUAUGCUCACUUUACGCUAGCAAUAACUUUAUAUUUGUUAGGAGACUCAUUAUUCCCCAAUAAAAAACUCCAGAUGGCCAAUUUUGGUAAUCACGUAUUUUAGCUUACAUAAUAAUUAUUGUUAGUUUUAGGCUUUUUUAGUUUAAGGAAACAAAUUUUUAACUUCAUAUUUAUCUGAUGGAUGGACUACAUUAAAACUAAAACACUUCAGUGGUGACUAUAAGUAUAAGGCUUAAUUAUUAUUUUCCAAUUAGUUUUUCAUGUAUUUGGUUUUAGAGGAUUUUUAAUGUAAAAGAAGACAAUGUAGGUAUUUAAAAAGAUCAGCUGACAAUUUUUUUUUUUCAGUUGAUCACAAGUUUGUUUAUUCAGUUGAUGUGAGUUUUCCUCACUUUUUCACAAUCUCAGAUCAAAAGCAAUUUUCAUAUGGUUAAAGUAGAUACUUCGAUGAAACAAGGCAGACUACUACUUUUUGUGUAUCGGAAAUAGAAAUCAGUGCCGAAAAAUUUUCCUAUGUGCGUGUCUAUUUAUUAUUAAAUUAGUACUUUCGAUAUAUAUUUGAGUUCCGUUUUCGGCCUUAUAAUUAGGUAGACAUCUUGGCCUACAUUUUAAUCAAUUUCUUUUUCAUUUACAAUCAGUCAGCUUUGAGAAAAUCCUUGGUAAAUAUAAGGCAACUUUCAUCAUUAAAAUUAAGUCGAAGGAAAAAAUUUGUCACUACCAAAUUUUUUUUGCAUCUAGGGAAUCUAUUGAUCUACAUGUAUGCCAAUUUUCACAGCGAUAAGUGUCUUACGAGAGACGCCAUGUUUCCUUGCGUUCGCAGCAGGUCAUGCAGCUCGCUCAACCUAAUUUCGCCAUGGGGUGGGCCACGCCCCCUUUUUAAUGGCGGAAGUUGCCGAUACUUAGGAAAUAUUAAUUUAUUACUACUAUUUACAUCAAAAUAAUUGAUAACUUGUGUUUCAGAAUGCAUUUUGAAGACAUUUAAACUGGAAUGUUUUAAUUUGAGCUUUAACAACCCGUUGUGAUUGGCAACCAUUCACAGCCACUUGCAUAAUGGCUGUAUCGUAGUACUACCUCAGAGUUUCAUUCCUACUCUGAGCUCCAAAAAUAUGAAUAAAUUAAUUUAAAAAAAAAUAAAUUCAUUAUUUUCACUUUUUAAAUUUCAAUAAAAUUCAUUUAUUAAAAUUGUUUCUCUACUCUCCUACUUAUUUUGUUGCCGGUACAUGCAUUUCAAAUGCAUUGUUUAUAAGAUGGGUAAUUAACAAUAAUAAAGACUUUUCUUUUAACAUCUAACAGCACCUCUCAAUCACCACCCUUCCUUUUUUAAAUUUUCCGGAGCUCAGGACGGAGGUGGAGUUAUCAAAAAUUGUAGAGAGUGGAGCUUUGGUGGGGGGGUUCCACAUAUUUGUGAUCAUAUUUCCAGUUUGUGUUAAACAUUUGUGACGAUUGUCAAAUUUGGGGGGGGGGUGGGUAUUGGCCAUGAUAGCAUGAGAGCAUUGACAGGUUGGAGGCUGUCCAGCGACGAGCAGCAUGCUUUGUCCUAAACCGCUACAGGAAUACCUCUAGUGUUGGCAGCAUGCUAGAAACACUAGGAUGGUCACCAUUGGAGAAACGAUGACGACAAUUCAGGCUCUCCAUGAUGUACAAGAUAAAUAAUGGGCUGGUCCACUGUUCCAGUAUUAAACAGAAACUCGUCCCUCUCCCCCAUAGACAGCGACGAGGCCAUGACAGGCAAUUCAGGCUCAUACCAGCAAGAAGCCAGUAUAGGAGCUGCUCAUUCCUGCCCAAGACAAUCAGGGACUGGAACAAUCUUUCAAAAGGAACGGUUGAGGCGACAACACUAGACACAUUUGUGUCUAUUGCCUCAAGCCUUCAAACCCCUAGUGCAUGAUUUCCUCAUCAACACCAGUAACAGAAACAUUGCAAAUCCCAUCUACAUGCAUAGGAGCCAAAAUGAUCAAUAAAUUGAUCGUGGGCCCUUAAGAUAUAGAAGAAGAAGAAGGAGUUCAUUUAUUGAUGGUCAUUUCAUACUGACAUCAAACAAACACAUCCAUCAUUGGUCAGCUCUAAUUUGAGCACACCCCUUCCUUUUUUUUGCAUGUUAGUGUCCCCAAGUUGACUGUUUAUACACAACAAGACAGACUCAUUUUGUUGUAUUACUGAUAUUGGGGUCACUUUGUUCAAAAUGGCACGGCAACCAAGAUUAACCAGAAUUCAAAUUGUUGAUGCAAUGAAAAUUUUUAAUGAUGCAACAAUACGGACUGAGAUUUUGCUUAUGCGAAUAAUUUCUGAAACAACAAAUAACGUCAAUACGACUAUGGAAUUUCUUGCAAGGUACUCUCUUUUGAAGAACAAAAUGGGAUGAACAUCUGCAUUGUGGCUUGUAAACUUGCUAAUUACAAUCAAGGAAUUGAUAAAAAAGAUAUGGAUGUGUUCUAUUUGUGGUUCAGAAAAAUUAUACCAUAAUCUUCUGUAGGAUUUUUACCGUUUUCAAUAUUUAUACAUUAUACAUCUUUUUAACACAAGUAUUUAUUGCAUGCUAUUUUGGCCUAUUUUUCGACAACCCUCCUACCACAUCACAAAUUUGAAUAGCUGUGCCUGGGGCAAAGAAAGUAGCACACCUAGUAUAUAGAAAAUGGCACCAUCUGAUAAUUGUGCCGAGGGCCAGUUCCAUAAGUGAAGGGAUAAAAAUUUGCAGAAAUUAAAUACCCUAUCUAUUUUAAAUAAAUUUGUGAAUUAAUUUAAAAACCAUAUAUAUGAGUAUUUAAUUUUGAUAUUUAAUAGGCCAUUAGUUCAUAAAAUUAACCGAUAAAAGAUACCUGGAAUAUAUGACACCUAAAUCUUUAACAUUGUAAAUCCACUUACAGGUUAGAAAGAAAUAUCAGACACAUAGACAUAAAUAAAUAAAGUUGAAAAAUAAAUACAAAAUUUAUUUAAAUCUAGACACAUCCCAUUAGGCAACUUUUAUUACGUAGCUUUAAAGUCAGAGGAUUUACCCUUGAUUUAUCACAAUGGCGAUGUGAAUGAUAAAAGAUUUGUGAAAUUAACUUUUUUUUCAUCUAUCUUGUAAAAUUUGUAAAAUGAUUGUUACAUUUGAACAAAAAGACAUUUUUUUACUUUAAAAUAUACUUUUAAUUGUGUUGCAUCGGGUAAAUAGGAAGUUUUAAAUUUAUUUCACUUGAAAUUAUUUAUCACGCUAAAAUAAGGGAUCACCCCAAUUUUAUAUGCUACCAACUUUGUCACUUCCUAAGCUAAUUAUUUGACGCACACCUGACACUGUCGCAAGCCAGAAAGUACUCUACAAAAACAUCUACGCUUAAAUAACUUUUUAUUAAAUUUAAUUGUAGGCCUUAAUAGUUGUCUGUAAAUUGUAAGGAGUAGUCAAGAGGCCUAAAUAUUGUCUGAACCAUUCACAGAAUUCUCACACUGUCAGGCAACGAUAGAUUUUGAAAUAAUCAGAAAAAGAUUAAAAAAUCAUUACUAAAUGUGAAUCUCUUUACUAAGUUGUCAGCACAACAUCUUCAUUUAACUUUGAAGGCACAGAAGAGGGUUGAAUACAAAAUUUAAAUUAAAUCCAAGGCCAAGAAAGUGAAUUCUGCUGGUUUUAGUGUUCUUUUUUUUUUUUUAAUAUGGUCCCUCAGGCAUUAAGUCAUCACAUGAAUUAUGCUUUAGCAUCUUUACUUUGACAUUUUAAAAUCGAAAGUCCAAAGGUUGAAAAGGACCUCUCAUUUUAGCCAUUUAAAAGUUUGUUUUGUGCUAUGAUAAUUUAUUGGGCAGACCCUCCAGCUCACUGAUACCUUUGAUAUUAUAUUAUUUAUGCGUUUUUUUCAAAGCAGUAAUGUGGACAAUUCACUGCAUUGAGUCACUUUUUGAGACAUUGGACAAAUGUCUUCUAUUAUUUCGUACACGUUUUUCUACUAUUUUGUUGAAGUUUUAUUGUAAAAUUUAUAAAAAAUCAUCAUUUGUAUUCAUCUAUAUUAUAUAGGCCCACUAUAUUUUAUAUUCUUCAUUAAUGAAAAGCAUUAUUUUUUUUCAGUUGAAAGGUCCAAUAAAUGGUCAUAUUAUAAAUGAGCCUGCAGCUGAUGAUGUUCCAAAACUACCUGUCAAGUCAAAAGAAGUUAAGGCAUCAGCACCAUCUCCCAAAGCUAAAGUAAAUGAAGCAACAAAAACGCCAACAAAACGAGAUGCAAAACAGGAACUCAAAUCAGAUAAAAAGGAAAAGGUGCGUUUGUAUUGAAUGCCCUUGUAUUUAUUUAUAGUUCUCUAAUAAUCAAAAUGCAUAUAAGUUGACAAUCUUUUUCUUCUGAAAUUUUUAGAAAGCUGUUUCAUUUCUGAAUUAGAUGUGUGCAGUUUUCAAAAACGGCAAUUUCACAGACUGCAGUGAAAUAGUUGUUUUUUUUUAAACCCCAGAUUCCAUAAUAACGUCUCCUUCUUAUCUGAGCACAUAAGACUUAAUUUUACUUGAGAAAAAACUAUGGAAACAUUUGGUGGACCCAAUCUGGAAUGCAGUCAAGAGUUGGUCAUGUUUACUUUGGUCCAAUGCCAAUGAAAUCACAUCUGCCUCACAAUAGGCUAUAAUUUAUUAAUUUGUUCUUAUUAGGUAAUUUAAAUAAUGUAAUAUUACAAAGGCUCACAUUUUUUUUAUAAUGGUGCAACUGCCUAAACAGAAGCAUAAAUAGCGCUAAAAUAACAGGAAAUUCACAUGUAGAUGAAAACAUUUGUUUGUUUUUCUUUUAAUUAGUUCUUAUUUUCUCCUCUAUUAUUAUCUAGCAACAGCAGCAGCCUAAAAAACAGAAUGUAAAAGAAGAGGUAGAUGUGAAGAAAGUAAAAAAACCUUCAAGAAAAGAGGCUGAGGACGAUGGUAGCGUAUUUAUUUUUCAACAUACACUUUUGGUCUGGUGAUGAAACAACUAGUUAUCUGACCUGGUUACUCUUAUGAUUUUGGCAUACAGUGUACGAUUUUGUGAUGUCUUUUAUGAUUGUAUGCUGGUACCUGUUGGCACUACAAUUUUAAGAGACUGGGAUACAAAAAAUAUAUUCAGUAGUUUUUUCGAUUUAAAAAAACAAAAUUUUAUGGUUGUUAGUUUUAGCUUCUUCUACAUCUGUCGGUGAAUGGACCAAAACAGCUAGCAGUAUUUAUUGGACUGUAGCAUGUUAACAGAAAAUAAAAUCAGCCUUGUGGGGCUGGGCUUAAUAGAUAACGAUAUUUAUAUAACAGCUUCUUAUAAAAAAAUCAAUCUCAGGUCUCUUGGUAGGUUUUUCAAUUGACAUCAUUUUUUUAUUUCAAUAAAUUGUAUUUUAUGCUGAAACUGUAUGUUUAAUUAUUUACCUAAAAGAUAAGGUAUUGUACGACUUUAGUAUGGUAUAGUAUUACCCUGAGACGAUAUUGUACUUAUUAAGGGUGUUAUAAGGUAACCGGGUCUGAGAUAUGAUUGUAAAAUUCAGCUAGCCAGUUAUGUUUGUAGAGACAAGACUUUUGGGGAAAUUUAAUAGAUUUCAUUUUAUAUUUAAAUACUUAAACUUUUAAUGGUGGAAUUUUAACAUACCUGACCCAUUUUCUGUAUAAAUGCAGGUUGAAGACUAAUUCAAGUUAAAGAAAUUUAACAAUGAUUUCUUUACUCUUGUUUUUUUUCCUCUUAUCGUCACUAUCACAUACAUGAAGGUGAUGUUUCAAUUUUUAUCUACUGUAUUUGCAGUUCAUUUUUCUGUUCUGCUUAGCUUCUAAGCUUCUUGGUCAGGCUUUAAAUGUUAAAUCUGAUUAUGCCAAGCUAUUUAUUCUAUGCUUGGUAACUGAGGAGAUAUAAGGGUUUGCAACCCGUGUUCAUACAGUUGUAUAUAGUGUUUAUAACCAGGGUUAUUAUGUGGCAUUUGACCACAGAAUUAAUUUUUCCAGCAAUGUGAGUCCAAACUGUGGAAGCAUAAUGUGUACAGUACAUUACUGUCAUCUUUUAUCAGGUGAAUGGACUACAAUUCAGGUGUCUAAGAAAAGCAAAAAACAGAAAUCAUCAAAGAAAGAUGGCGGCCGUGCUGAAUCAGCUAGUGACUUUGAUAUUGAGCCAGAUACACCAGUAUCUGAUGCUGCCGCGGCAUCAGCUGCAACACAGGGAAGUGAAGUUGAGGAGUCCAGUUCACCUCAAGCUAAUAAGACCAAGAGAAAGAAGAAGGAGAAAAUUGCAGUGAAGGUGAGCCUGCAGUGACUCUUCAGUAGAUGGUUUUUCAUGUUUGGAAAUUUGUGCAAAAGAAAUUUGUUCAGAUGAAAAUUUUCAAAUAAAACUUUGUGUGAAUGGACAUUGAAUUUGUUGAACGAAGAUUAAAAAAUUUCUGAAAAUCUUUUUAUUUUCCAUUUUCUUUUUGAACCAUCUUCUUUCAAACAAAUUUCUUGCCUACAAAUUUCAAUAACCACUGUUUUUAAAUACAUUUUAUGUGCCGGGAAGCAGCUUGCUAAUUUAGCCUUUUAGCUCAUGACCAGCGGUGUUAUCUACUCACUUAUUAAAAAAAAAUAUGGUAACACAUCAAUUGAAAAAUUAAAAUUUUAGUCACCUGGUCUCAAGUUCAUAUUGAUUUUUAAAUUUUUAUGACCUGCUUGUGGUUAAAUCUCAUCCAGGAGGAGGUGGUGGUGCCUGUUAUUGAGAGACCUGUUGCUGCCAGUACUGCUCCUGCACAAGAUGAUACUCAAGCUGAGGUUUGUACACAUUAAUAUUUCUAUGGAAAAUCUUUGCAAAAAUAUUUAUAAAUAUUCUUCAAGCAUACUUAGGGUUUUUUAAACUAAUUUCUCACACUUUUAUCACGCCUUUGUUGACCAUUUGAAAUUCUAGAAUUAACGACAUUAAUAAGUUAUUUAUGAUUUGAGAAUGUAUUGUCAUUCUAAUUCAAUUAGUUAUUAAUCAAAAUCACAUAGAAAUACUAUGCAAAAAUUGUUUCUGUAAUGGGGCAAAUUUACUUGGUAUUUAAAAGAUAUUUGGGACUUAAAGAAAAUAACAGAAUAAGUCAGUGGAGCUGCUUUGCAAGAUUGAGAUAAAUUUGGUGGGUCUCCUUUGGCUGUGAAAUGGUCAAAUAAGUAAGAAAUGUAAAUAUUUCUCUUCUCAAUUCUUAGUUAAAAUGGAGCAAAAAUGUUUAUUCAUAUUAUCUUUUAAAAAAAAUUAAUUUCUGCCUUUUUUUUGUGUUUGGAUUAACAGGACAUUAAAAAAAAGAAGAAUAAAAAGGAAAAGAAAGCAGUUGGUUCUUCUAUAGCUGCUGCUGGGGCUGCAACCCCUUCUGAAAACUUGCCACAGGAUGCUGCUCCAGCAUCAGGAAAGGCCACCAAGAAAGAAGUUGCAGUUCCAGCUGCAAGUAACACUAAAAAAAGUAAAUCUGUUCCCCAAGCUGCUGCAACGCCUGUUGUUACAGAGCAGCCAAGUGUUGUUAAAAAAACCAAACCUACCCCUGUACCUGCUGCUGCUGCUCCAGCUAAAUCAGAGCCAAGCCCUCCAGAACCUGUUCAAACUCAGUCAGUGAAACCUAAGAAGACCAAAGCAAGCACGCCUCAGGUUAAAAAUGAAAGUCAACAACCAAGCCCUUCACAGGAAAGUGCAGAGCAGAUCAAAUCAAGCCCUCAAAAGAAGAAGGCUAGAAGCGUUGAAAAUGUCCUGGUAUGAUCUCUAUAUGUCUGAUUCAUUUAUUAGUUUUAUGUACAUACUUAAGUUAUCGCUAUAUUUGAUCUACUUUGCAUUGUUAUUUAUCUUGUGAACAUGUCGGGAAUAUGUUUAUUCCAGGAGGAGAAGUCUGAAAAGGCAGCUGACAUACAGAUUAAGCCUGUUGAGCCUGUUAAGAAAAGUGCUGACAAAAAGAAGCCUGAAACUGGUAUAGUUGAUAACCUGUCCUGAUUAUGUAUUUAGCAAGGGAAAAAAGGAUUUCAUUAAAAAAUUGUCUCAAUAUGGAAAUUAGGAGCUACUGUUUGGAAUUUUGAGAAUAAACAUCAAGAAGCAGCAGCAUAAUAAACAAUAACAAACAAAUAAACUUAAUCCUCCUCAAACUUAAGACUAGUUUAUUUUAUUUUUUAAAAUGUCAGUAACCCAAAGAUUUGUAACAUACUAGGUUUAGUGAACACUUUCUAUAUUUUUGUCCACAUAUUUCUUACAAUAUCAAUCAGGUGAUGAGUAUUCCAAAUAAAAAUGGCUUUAUCUUUUUUUUUAAAGUGGUGAUAAUGAGUGGUUGAGUAGUUAACUGUAUUUGACAUUUAGGAAUUUACAUGUUGAAAAUAGCUUUCUCCAUUUAUGAAUGAAAUUCACAAUAUUUUAAUGCAAUUAUAGAACAAAUAGAUUUUUCAAAGUAAUAAUUUCUAAACCAAACUACAGUACACAGUUUUUUCCCCUUUUGCUGGGUAUUUAAUAUUUAAAAUUUCCGAGUUGCUUAUUUAAAAUGCUUUCAGAUUUUUAAAUAUCUAUAAAUAAAUGAACAUAAACUCUGAUUUAUACUGUUUUCACAUUCUUUUAUUUCCUUAGCAUCCAAGGUGGAAUCAGAGACUACUCUUGUUUCAUCAGAACCUCAAAAACCAGUGUCUGCCUCUGCGCCAGCACCCAGUAUAUCUUUUGAUGAAGUUGGUGGUAAGGACCGUUUGUGUAGUAGCUGCUAGUAUCAUUGAACAAAACAUUUUUCACCAGAAACAAAUCUUGACUGAUUUUUUUAUUUGCAUUUAUACACUGUGAACUCUCUCACUAUAAAAUCUAUUAUAAUAACUUAACAUUAUACAAUUUUUAAUGAAUACUUCUUUCAUUAGUGUUUAUAACAUCAAAAUGGUUGUGUUAAUCUCAUUUUAAAUAUCUUUUUAGUCAUUGUUUAAAUAUUGAUCUAAAUUCAACUGCAUUUAUAAUAUGGUUUGCAAAAUUAACUUUUCUUGCAGACUUAUGGCAAGAAGCUACUCCAAAGAGCAAGAAAAAGAAGCCAAGAAGAGAUAACUAAUGUCAGCAAGUUGGCACCAGUCUUGGUUAGUGUCACAUGAAGCAGCAUUCCUUCAAUGUUUUUAUCAUAAAAUUACAGUAUAAAUCAUGUGAUAUGGAAUGUGUCGGCAACACAGUGUCUUAUAGACAAGUAAGGGAAACAGCCUGCUGGUCAUAGCCCUUCUUUUUAUGCAUGCUUUGGCUUCUUAACAUGAUCUGAAAGAACUGGUGAAAUUAUAUCUCAAAUUCACAUAUUUCAGAAUAUGUGAUCUAUGCUUAGGCUCAUUGAAAAUCAUUUGUUUUUUUGUUUUUUUUUUUGUUGUUGUUUUUUUCCCUGCUUUUUUGGGGCAUUACUUAAUUUUAAGAAAUUAACCAGGUGUGUGUAAAAGUAUGCAAGCACUUAAGAAAAGAUAACUGGGUAAAGAGCAGCGCAAAAUUAAUUAAUGUUUUAUGUAAAAUCAGGACUUAGGUGGUGUAAAGACCACAAUGAUUGUUUUCUUUUCUGUAAGCGUAAAUUUUAAAUUAUAAGCUAUUUAAAAAAAAAAAAUUUGAAGUAUUUCAAUUUAUUCUCUUUAAACCAUUAAAAGUGACAUCUCAUCAACGUUCUAAAGCUUAACCUACUUACCAAGUUGAUCUACCGGUACUUUAAAGUGUUUGAAUUCUUCUAUAAGCACCUUAUACUUAAACCACUUAAAAAUCUAAAUUUAAAAAAAACAAAAAACACUAAUUUUAUUCAUAAUCAGAAGGGCCUCCUAACAAUGAUUUAACAAUCCACUUGUGCAUUUCAUUCUGUCUUUCUUCAAUCAUUUCAUGUUUUGUUUUAAAUGCUUUGUCAUUCAAACAUCUUUUACUGUAAUGGGUACCUUAAUGUCAUUUUUAUUUAUACACUUCAUAAACCAUAACGAGAGAAAAGAGGUAAACUAGAAGAGAUGUGUCAGUCUAGCCUAUUGUGGUCAUUCAAAAAUAAUAUAUGCCAAACGGUGAGUUAUUUGCCUCCUUUUAUUUUUCAUUACGAUAUUGCCAUGAAAUGAAUUUUGAUAUCUGUGCUAUAUAAUUUUUUUACCCCUUUCUCUAGUCAUAAAUUUGUUGCACACCUGAUAAAAAAAUGAAUACAGUUAGAAGUGUAUUCCUCUCAACUCAGUAGUAUAGCGGGUGUGACACAUUUUAAGAUGUUAUAAAAUGUGUUUUUUCUUUGAAAGUUGUUUAGCAGUAAGUUUAAAUGCUUUAUUAGCUCUCCCGUUAAUAUUUCAAUUUCUAUUUAAAAUUGAAAUAAGUCAGUCAAGCCUUAUUUAGAACUAAUGUAAUGAUCAUUAAUUUAAAAAUUUGGUUUUUUUUUAAUAUUAAAAUUUUAAUUUUAACGUUAAUGUAUUGUUAAACUAAAAAUAGUUUGGUGUUUUUUUUUCAAUGUUGAUUUUUAUUAAUUUCUUUACACCAAUUUGUCUGUAAUGAUUGCUCAUUUUCUGAUCACUUUAAUGAGCAAUUCCCUUGUAUCCUGUUUGUUCUGUUUUAAACAUAAUAGCUCAAUAGUUAUGGUAUCACUAUUUCUUUAUGGCCCAGUUUAAUCAGGCUUUUGUAAUCAAACUGUCAAGGUUGGUUUAUGUAAAUGCCAAUUGUCUACCUCUUGAUCAUAGCAAGUUGAACUGAUUAUACUGUUGAUGGUGACAAGGCUGCUCCACUCAACAUGAAAUGCAUGUCUUUUCUUCUUUUCUUCAUGCACAUGAAGUUAUAUUAUUUAUUCCUUUAAAUCUGCUCCUUCCUUUGCCUUCCUUCCAGUGAAACCUAUUGCAAUCUCGAGAGCCUAUUUCCAUUCUCCUGAGAUUCUCACUGUGGUUGAUUAUUAUUUCCCCAAUACCUUUUUUCUGCAUUUUCCCUCUUGUGAUAAAAACCUGUUUGUAAAAACCACAUUUAUUGUGAUGUAAUCAUAUACAAUCUGCUGUCUGCCCUAUUAACACUUCUUCUCUCAAAUCUUGCUGGAGAGUUUUGUUUCAUGCAGAUGGAGAAACGUCAGGUUGAAUAUUCUGAAGGAUUGAGUUAUUUAGAUGAAUAAUGCCUGCUUACCAUGGUUUGCCCAAUUAAUUUUUUGAGACUAUAAAAUAUUGCGAAUUUAUUCAAUAUUGAAAGACAAGAUUUUGUUUUGUCUGGCAGCUGAUAUCUAAUGCUUGACCUGUAUCAUAUUUGUGAGAAAUGACAAUCUUUGAGUACAGUUUCUUUCAGUAAUAAUGUUAUUAUUUUUUACUAUAAAUAACCCACCAGACAAUGUUGGUGGCACUGUGUGAAAUUCCCAUAUGUUAAAGUUACUUGACAAAACAUGGAUUCAAGUAACGCUUUUUAUAGGAAUCCGAAUUUGUGCUAACUUCUGAGAAUUACAGCCUUACAUACCAGAGAAAUAUUAUUUGUGAUUUUAUUAAAGCAGUUAAACAAAUUAGAAAGUUGAAGACGGGAAAACAUAUAAAAUGAGUUCCAAUUAUUUAUAUUGAUGCCUGACACUAAGAUUUCAUGUCACAAACUUGCACAAAUAAAGGUGCACACCUAAGAUUUUGAUGUUUCUGUAAUGCAGAAGUUAAAAAUGUUAACAUGUAUGUCAACACAUUUAAUUUGUGUCAUUGUUUAAAAAAAUAUUGAUGACCACUUGAUAUCCAUCUGCCAGCCAUAGAUCUCGGUAUGAUUGUUUACUCGAUACAUGAACAGGAUAAUUUGGCAUUGCCUGAUCCUGGAAUGUUUGUGUAGAGUAGUAAAAGUUAAUGGUUGUUUGUUUUCAUUUAAAACCACAAGAGUGUAUUCAAUCAAAUGAAAUGAGAUAAUUUUUUUGUUCAAUCUGUUGUUGAAAUGCAGUGGGAAGCUUCCACUUAAAAGUAUUGUGUGAAUAGUUUGUUUUAAAAGUGACUAGAUGUGUUCAGUGUGUGCGUUUUUUGGUUUAUGUAUAACAUAUUUAUGUUUUUAUAUGCAACAUUUCAAGGGUUAAACACAUUUGACAUGGACCAGCAAAACAUGACUUGUGCUGAAAUGCGUGGACCAUUUUACUACCAACUUACUGCAGGGUUCAGGAUGAUGUCAGGAUUUUUCCUCUAUUUUUUCUGCUCACUUCCUAUAUAUCUUUAUUUAUUGAAAAGUUUCUUUAAUUACAUGAGAUUUUGCAUUGAAAAUUUUAAUCUUAGCACAUUGUUUUAGAGAUCUUUAAAAAGCAAAAAAACAAGCUUGCCUAGUUUUGUCUUCCAUCUUGCAUAUGUCAGUUUGUUUUUUCAAGACAAAUGUCUGGAUCUAAGGUUGCUUGCUGGUACUGGAAGUGACAUUUGUGUUCCAUCAGGUACAGUGUAAAGUUUAUCUGAGAGAAUGUACUUGGUCUUCCAUUUAAUCAUAUUUAAAAACAAUUUGCUCUCCAACCUUUUCAUAAGUAGGCAUAAUAAUUAAUUACUAAUUCAAAUAUUAUUGUCAGAGUCAUUGCUGGCUUAAUUAAUUAUCUUCUAAUUAGCUAAAUUGUGGUGAUGUAAUUUUCAUACAGUUUGUGCUAUUAUUCUUUAUACAAAAUUUAGUUUGAAUUGAAUAACAUUGUAUUUCCCUUUUUUCAAGUACUGUGGAAAAGCACCACUCUAAUAUUAGCUCCAAAAGAGUAUGUGUAUGGGGACAAACAAGUACCGUCCUUUUGUAAAUGCAGUAAAACGGGCAUUGAAAAUGUUUUUUUGCUCUUCAAAGUGCAUGGUUGUGAAUUGAAAGAUUUAUAGGGCGCAUUAAGUAGUUUUUAUGUUAAAAUGUUUUUUUUAUAUUUUUAAAAAAAGUAAAAAUGAAAGGGUUUAAAAAAAAAAAAUGAGCUAAUAUUAAAUAUCUUGUCAAGCUGAAAAUUCUCUAAUCAAACACUUAAGUUCAUAAAAAAAAAAUUUAAAUAAUGUUUCUAGUCUCAAAUUUCCCUUUAAUUAAUGGUUGAUAUACCAAUCUGAUUAUCUCACCCUUAUGCACUGGCAUAACUUCAGUGGUGGACAGAGGAUGUCUGGCAACCUACUUGAACUUGUUGGACAUCAUGUCUCACAAUAUAUAUAUUACAUGAUAAGUAACCUGCCAGUCAUUAACUUUUUUUGUUUGAUUUACUUAUCUUGCUCAUUAUUUCUUUCAAUAUUUGACAAAUCAGUCUUUUUUUUUAAAGAAAUCAACCCUUGUAACCUACAAGAGACAUAGAUUGUUAUAAAUUGGUGGUAAGGGAGGGGGG